AUGCGCCGCCAAGCCACAGCCUUACCGACUCGCAGCACCUCCCAGCGCCGGUCCGCCCCGAGGGGGGUGGCCGCCGCUCCCGCCGGCCCGGCCGCGACCCCCAAUGACUUGGCCAGCCUCUUCAAGUGCCCCGUGUGCUCCGACUACGCGCUGCCCCCCAUCCUGCAGUGUCACAGUGGCCAUCUUGUCUGCGGCAACUGUCGCCCCAAGCUCACAUGCUGCCCCACGUGCCGGGGCCCGCUGGGCUCCAUCCGCAACCUGGCGAUGGAGAAGGUGGCCCAGACCGUGCGCUUCCCGUGCAAGUACGCGUCGUCGGGCUGCGAGAUCACGCUGGCGCACCAGGAGAAGGCCGCGCACGAGGAGAGCUGUGAGUUCAGGCCCUACUCCUGCCCCUGCCCCGGCGCGUCCUGCAAGUGGCAGGGCUCCCUGGCCGCCAUCCUGCCCCACCUGAUGCACCAGCACAAGUCCAUCACCACCCUGCAGGGCGAGGACAUCGUCUUCCUGGCCACGGCCAUCGACCUGCCCGGGGCCGUGGACUGGGUGAUGAUGCAGUCCUGCUUCGACUUCCACUUCAUGCUGGUUCUGGAGAAGCAGGAGAAGUACAGCGGGCACCAGCAGUUCUUUGCGGCGGUGCAGCUGAUCGGCACGCGCAAGCAGGCCGACGGCUUCGCCUACCGCCUGGAGCUCAGUGGGCACGGGCGGCGCCUGAUCUGGGAAGCCACGCCCCGGUCGGUCCACGAGGGCAUCGCCAUGGCCAUCAUGAAUAACGACUGCCUCGUCUUCGAUACCAGCGUUGCACAGCUCUUUGCAGAAAACGGCAAUUUAGGCAUCAAUGUCACCAUUUCCAAGUGUUGA